UUUGUCGAAUUUCUCUUUUCAUCUCCUUACUCAUAACUUAUUCGAAUCUUUUCCUUCCUCGCAGAGCAGAAUAAGGAAAUUUACGAUUCGUAAAAUUGAAAUAGUUUCAAUAUUUCGUCACCAUUUAUUAGUGUGAUUUUCUGAAACGUUCUAAGCUGAAUCAGUCGCGAAUAGAAGCUUCUAAAGUGAGUCCGGUUGAGUAAAGCUCGCUACUGUCACGGGUCAAAGAUCACGCAUAUUUUUUUUUCAUCUGAGGCAAAACUUCAAUCGUAGAAUGUCGUCUGAAAACACAAAAAAACCGGAUGCGGCUACCGGAUCUGGUGCCGAUGACAAGGAGUUAGAUGAUCUACUAGACAGUGCUUUGGAAGAUUUUGGAAAGCACAAAGAAAAUGAAGACAAAAAAUCAACGACCGCUUCCGGAAGUCAACCGGCAGUAGAACAUGACGAUCCUCCGACCGAGCAGCUAUGGAAUGAUGAAUUUAUCAGUUCGCAGGCAAAGAUGUUUGAGGAGAAAAUGGCAGCCUUGUUCGGUGGCGGAGAACCCGUAGAUGCGGAUCAGAUAUCGCUCGGUUUCCAGCGGAUUGCAGAGGCAGCCGCGCUGGCUGUUCGAGGUGAGCCUGACAGUGCACCGGCAGAUACAAUCGAUCCGAGUAUCAGCCAGAGUAUUUCGGAUGCGUUGCGAGGUUUAAGCGAAGGAAGGGAAAACCUGCAGACGCCGUUCAAUCCGGAGGACAUCGCCAGUAUGUUUGGGAAUAUCGAUCUAAACGGAAGCGGCGAAAGCAAUGCGUUUUUGCCGUUCAUGCAAAGUAUGAUGCAGAGUUUGUUGUCGGCCGAGGUUCUAUUGCCCAGUUUGAAGGACCUCACCGAGAAGUAUCCCAGCUGGUUGAGAGAAAACGGCGAGAAGAUUUCCAAAGAGGACAAAGAACGUUACGAGAAGCAGCUUAAACUGAUGCAGGAUGUUUGCCAAGAGUUGGAGAAAGAGAAGGCCGAAGAUUCGGCCGAAGUGAAGCGGGUGCGAUUCCAAACGGUGCUCGACAUGAUGCAGAGCAUGCAGGAUUUGGGACAACCGCCGGCGGAUCUGGUGGGGGAUUUGGGUCCGGGUAACAUGAAUUUACCCACUAUCGAUCCGACUGCCUUCAGUGAUCCAAACCAGUGUGCACCGAGUUAAUCUAGGCCACGUGCAAACACUGUCAUAUUUCAUAUGUUCGUAUUCAAAGCUAGAUUAGAGAGAUUUUUGGUAGAAAAAGCAUUCAAAAUCACGUAUAACAUACAUCAGCGGUGAUGCACUGCAACAGCAAAGGCUUCAUUAUAUUUUAUAUUGGAUGAGAUUUUCAAGUUAAUGGCGGCAGGUUUUUACGUUCUAUGUAUUUUGCAUGAAUAAAUUAUAUGUUUGUGUUAUACUUCUAAA